AUGAAGGCCAAGACAACGCGGUCAGCUCCAGUCAAGGCAAGCGCCUUUGGCAAUGAUUUUCGCACAAGCAAGAAAGACAAGCGCCAAAUCAAGCAUGCAACCCUGAUGUCCAAGAUUGCCAAAAAUUCCAAAACACCCAAGAAGCGUCGCCCAUCCAAGAAGCUGGUCGCUAACCUCGAGUCGCUCGCCGAUGCGCUGCCAGAGGCCGGCCAGGACAACGCUACUAGUCAAGUCAAUGUUAUCAAACAAACAACCAUUCGUCAUAAACCCGGCGCCAUGAAGCGACGUGAGAAGUUGGAGAAGGUGGAACGGGAUCGAUUCGCAAAGAACAUGGCUCAAUUGGCCACCAUCCAGCCUUCUUCUACAGAAGUUGCGCCAGAAUCUGCUUCAACCACCAAUCGCUGGUCUGCGCUCCGCAACUUCAUCUCGCAGACAAUGGAACAACAACCUGUCUUUAAAUCCAACAAAUAA